UCCCCCGAGCUGCAGACGACGCAAAGUUUAUACUUGUAGACAGACGGGCUGUGAGAAUGUUCAAGGAAUAAACGUGAAGCUAAGGAAAAGAUUUGAAAAUGCACAUCACAGGCUUAGUCUUGGCCAGAGGAGGCAGCAAAGGAAUCAAGAAUAAGAAUCUUGCCCUCCUAGAUAAUCAGCCUCUCUUGUUGCGGACGCUGGGCGUAAUGCACGAAGCUAAAUGUUUCAGCAGCAUAUGGGUAAGCACUGACAGUGAAAAGAUAGCCGAGUGUGCACGUGAAGGGGGAGCAAAUGUGCACUGGAGAGCAGGAUUCACAGCAACCGAUGAUGCUCCCUCACUGGUGGCUGUGCAGGAGUUUGUGCAGUACCAUCCAGACACUGAGGUGGUUUGCCUUGUACAGUGCACAUCACCCUUUAUGAAACCAUGCUACAUACAGUGGGGUCUACAGAAAAUUAGGAAUGGUUAUGACUCCGUGUUCUCAGUUACAAGAAAACAUUAUCUCAGAUGGGCUGAAGGUGAGGAGACAUUCCCACAAAACUUUGAUCCUCAUCAGCGUCCCAGUCGGCAGAAGUGGCCCGGAGAACUGUAUGAGAAUGGGAUGUUUUAUUAUACUCGAGUCGGUCUCCUGAAACAAGGGCUUCUGCAAGGGGGACGAUGUGGAUACGUAGAAAUACCGCCAGAGAAUAGCAUGGACAUAGACACACCUCUUGACCUCAUCAUUGCCGAGCAGUUGAUCAAUUACUGCGACAAAAAACAAACUUGAUUAAGGUCAAGAUUUUAGGUGAAAUUUUCUUGGACAACAACUGGUUCUACGUUGGUAAAGUAGUGAUCUGAAGAGAAGGAUUUUUAUAAUGAUUGUCUGCCUUUCUAUUAACCUGAUGCCGUUGGGGAUGUCAUGUACGUACAUGCCAUGUCCACUGUGUGUUUAGUCUGUUGGCUUUCUUUACACAUGGAUGACUCCACCAGUGCUCAGUCACCAAUUAGUCAAUUACUAGUACUACCUGUCUCAACUGUUUACCCUUUUCUUUUAUUUUUGGAAAUAUUUUCCUUUACCUUAUAUUGCUGUUAGUAGUGUCAGUAACAUAAUAAUAAUUAAAAUGUCUAUAAUAAUGAUGAUAAAAUAAUAGAUAAUAGAAAACUCAAGGAAAGGUCAAAUCAGGUGUGGUUACAAGGUCAACUAAUUGACUACUUGGUGGCUAAGUACUGUGUGUAGAGACAUUUUACAAAACAAAAUUAUGGUGAAGACUACAUUUGCCUGAUGGCACUGGGUUAAUGGUCCAUACAAGAUAUUCAUAUAAAAUAUGUUGGUUGAAGUUGUUGGUCCAGAUUUGCCUUUUAUGAAUGGUUGAAGAAAGUGCUCAAGAUUUUUAUAUUUAAAUUUAAAAAAUGAUAGUGCGUCUUUCAAGAAGGCAAAGCUUAAGUGCCAAAAAAUGGUGAUAAGUAUCAGAAAACCUGAGAAAUACAAUGAUCUUUGCUUUUUAUUGCUAAAGAGAGCUUAUUGAAAUAAUGCUUUAGAAAUGUAUAUGUAGACAGUGAAUAAUAUAAACUUUAAAAGAAAAAAACAUAUUUGAAGAAGUUGAUUAAAGGAGCAUUUCUUAUGAUCAAAAAUAUUGCUUUCAGUUCAUUUAUAUUUUAUCAUUACCUCUUCUAAGCUUGAGCUUUGGCAGAUAUAUGCUUCUUCCAUUAAAUAUAUUAGCAAAUUUAUAAUAUAUCUUAUUUAUAGUCUUUUUUUAAGCAUCCAUACUUAUGCACCACAUGAGGAAAUGCAAUUUAUUUCCUCAAUAUCUUCCACUUUUCAAUUGAAUGUAAUCAUAGCUUUGUAUAGAAGGUACUAUCUCAGCUUAGUUUUACGAGGGUUCUGAUUGUUUUUUAUUCCCCUUUAUCUUCAUAGUAGUGUAGUUUAGAAUCUGCAGUUAUAUAUAUUAUUUACAAUCUUCUUGAAAUGUAUAUUAGAAUUCUUAAAUGAGAGAUAAAAAGUGACCUACAAAUGAGAAGAAAGGAACAAAAUAGAAAUGGAUAAAUAUGUCAAAAGUUUCUAGAACUGACAAUCAUAAAGUUAGCUAACAACUGCCACAAUUGUAAAUACUUUUUUUUAUUGUUAUUAAGAUUUAAGAUGAAUUUGUUGUUAGUAGUGGUAUGAAAGAGGCUUUUUAAGUUGAUAUCAUUCCAUUUUCAUUCAUAGAAAAUAUUUAGCUAAAUUGAAGCCUUUCAUCCUGAUACAACUUCCAGUAUUGUAACUGAUAAAAUCAGUUAGUCAUUGUCAGUUUUUACAAUAUUAAGUAUGGGGAUGAUAUUAUUUACACUAUUUUAGAAUAUAAAAUUUAUGUUAGCUACAUAAAGCAAGAGCAUACAGCUACCAAUACUCAAAUUGGUUUUGUUUUCCAUUCCCUACAGAAUCAGUAUUAUGUGAACAAUGUUCAUUAUGGCAAAUAUAAAAGAAAAGGUAUGAAUGAGGAUAAAAUUCUUCAGUGAUGCAUCUGACUGGUUUCAGUUAUAUCAUGUAUUUUUGACUCGGAUUUAAUCAAAACCUUUCAAAGACAUCUCGUGCAUUGUGAAGAUAUUCAUUCUUAUUCAUACCCUUUCAGCAUUGUGUUAUAGUCUGGCAGAUACUAGUUUCCAUUAGUAUGGAAGAGUCCAGAAGGACUUGUAUUUGUUGCCUAAUGUUUAAAUGAGUCUCUCCCUUUAUUCAAGUUAAACAUUUGCAGUGAAUAUUACAUAUUUUUGAUUGCAGCCACAUUAUUCUUCUAAUGCUUUGAUGUCCACAUAGAUAUGAAAAAUAAAACUUCGCUGACAUUGCCUUUAUUCAUCUGAAACCACUGAAGUUAUUAAUUGCUGAUAUAUUGCAUGUGCAUUUUGUUAAAUACUUAUAGGAGUAGAUUUGAUUGCAUUGUUCUGAAUUUCUUCUUCUUUGACACAAACUUGUGAAUGAAGGAUACAUGAUAAGUCUUCAUAUCUAAUUUUUCCUAUUAUUUUACUCCAUAUAUUGUCAAAUGUGCCAUACUAUUCCUUAUAUAUAU